UGAACCUAUGUUUGAUACAUUACAGGAUAAAUUUGAUAGUGAUGACACAAAUAGUCGUCGAGAUCAUGUUUUAGGAUGGAUGAAAGAGUUAUGGAAUAAAUGGAGAGGUCAAUUGCAUGAAAACUAUGUGAAGGGUAAGCCUAUACAAGAGGCUCUUAAGAAUAUGCCUAAGGGGGUAGAAAAGAAGCAAUGGGAGUGGUUGGUAAAAGAACAUUUUACUUCAAAAGAUUUUCAGGCUCAAAUUCAAGAAUUGAUGGAGUCUGAACCAUCACUUUCUAGCAUAGAAAUUGUUGAGAAAUGCUUUGGACCUCAAAGUCAUAGUCAUGUAUUUGGCUUUGGAGGUGGAGUAGAAGCAAGAGAUUUGAAAGGUGGGGCUUCCUCAAAAGCUGAAUUGUUGGCUGAGCUACGUUCAACUCAAAAAGAAAAUCAAUUUUUUGAAGGAUUGCAUGUCUAA